CCUAUAUAAUGCAUUCGACCCGGCCCCCAUCAGUUCAGUUUGUAUCGAAAAGUCGUCGCAAAAAUGAGUUUCGUGAAGGGAACUAUCGCGCUAGUGCUCCUAGUUGUGGCCAUUUCCAAGGUCGAAUCCAUCCGGACGGAGAACGGAAACCAGAUCGUAACGCUGGGGACGUUUGCCGCCGCCGACGUAACGUGUCUGACGAAAAGAAUCUACAGAUUUCAACCGGACCCGCAGACGAUCACCUUCAUCAGUACCACCAACAUCAACUGGAUACGAGUUUCCCGAAUUAACCAGCAUGCCAAGAGUGGCAUUUCUGCGCCUAUUACUGGCGGUGCUCUCGGGACCCCACAGGUAACGCUGACUAUCGAGGAUACGGCUAACAAAAACUAUUUCCUAAACGAUGUUUUAGUAGUGAUGCGAUGUGCUGCAUAAUUGAAUCGUCUACGGUAUAAUUUAAUUUAAUUUAUUUAAGGAAGUGUUUGCUUUAAAGUGUUGAAGUUGAUAAAG